AUGGCAGCUCUUAAGGAAGAGAAUGACCCAAACAUCGACAUUCAGAGCGCGCUGCAAGGUGUACGAGCUGAUGAAAUGGAUGGUGGUGUGGUCGACGUGUUUGGCAACAAUUCCCUUCCCAAAAAGCAUAUCCAUGCUAUUGUGCCAAAAAGGACAGCAUUCAUAUGGGCAGUGAAUGUCGACGAAAGCACCAUCGUAAAUUGGUCGGAUAUAGAAAAUAUCCAUGAAGUAAUUACCACCGACUAUGAUGCAGAAAAAUCGUUCAUGAAAAACGAUUCAGAUCUGCGCAACGAACUGAAAAGUAUGACAACUAAAGAAACUCGUCGCUUUGCUAUCUCGUACGUAUGUUCAAAGUCGACGCUAGGGAUUAGCUAA